GGGGUUACUGGAUGGAGUGCUCCAUUUUGCAUCAUUUUUAUCGGCAUAGAUAUUCACCUAAAAGACGAAAUAAAAGUUGACAAUUUAACUUUGGUAGCUAUACAUUAACGAAUAAUUUUAAGCUUAGAAGCAAGUGGUCUUACACAGAGCUGCUAAUUACGAAUUUUCUUAAGUACGGCUAAGGUAUGUUUAAGGACAAUGCAAAUUCAUCACAUUUGGUUUACAAUUGUGCUGGUUUUAUCUACCGUUUACACAGAGAAACCUUGUAAAGCGUUUCACCACCUUAUCAAAACGGCAAACAGCACAACAUGUAUCACAUGCAAUGUGACUUGUAAACCUGGUUAUGGUUUGAAUGUACCGUGCGGUAAUACAAAAGCAGUAUUUCUGAACGAAAUAAGAUGCGUAGAGUGUGUUUCUAAUGAAACGUAUUCAUCUGACAAUUCUGUUCAUCAAUGUAAACCAUGUCGUGAACAAUGUGGUUACAAUGAAAGGGAGAUUGCUACCUGUUCACCAAAUCAGAAUAGACUGUGCAAGUGUGAAUAUGGUUUUUACCCACAUCCUGUCACUGGUAAUUGCACUGAAGAGUGUUGUUACUGCACUCCAGAGGAUACUGUAAUGAAAGAAUGUGAGAUGUUAAAGGAUGGACGGAAUUGUGAUAGUCAUCGCACAGAAGGGAAGUGUAUUGCAAAAUCAACUCAUCCACCAAAAUCUGAGCAACCACCUAAAUCUGAGCAACCACCAAAAUCUGAGCAACCGUCUUCUGUAGGGACAUCUCAAAGGAUGUAUGUCAUUUUGUCAAUAAUUGGUUGUCUUGGUGUUGUUGUUGUUGUUGUUGUAGUUUGUAUAAAGAAGACUGAUGCAAACCGUGGUAGUGGAACAGCAAGACAUCGUUCACAGUCAUCGUCGUCAGAAUAAAAGCGUGAAUGCUACAAUAACACGGAUUGUUGAAACAACAGCUUAUGGAUGAUUGAUCUUCAGAAAUAUUCUCUUGCCCAAGAUAUAGAAGACAAUAAGAAGGUUUCAUUAGUUGUUUAUUUAAAGUCACAAAAAAAAUUUCUUGAUAAUUUUUAUAACCAAUGCAAUGCACAUAGUAUUAUUUUUAUUUAUUUUGAAUUUUCACAUGUGGAAAGUAAACAACUACUGGUUUCACGCUUUUCAAUAUAUGAACUACAUACAAAAUUGUUAUAAAGGAUAAAAUAUGUUUGCAAAUAUGUAUUUUUGAGCAUAAUCUUUACACAUUAGUGCACAAAAUUUAGUACAGAAAUUACGCAUAAAUUAAUUACGCAAAAAUUAUACGUGCAAAAAUGAACUUUAUUAAGAUCACAUAAAGGUGUUUUAAGCUUAUUUUAUUUUAUCUUUUUUCAUGAUUUGCAACAAAAACAUCUUGGAUGGAAUUGUGUCUAAGCUCCUGAAUUUACUUUCUUUGGAGAAAUUUAAGUUGAAUGCAUUCAUGUUGCUAUUGCACAAAACCAUGAAAUAGGUUUUUUGCUGCUUUUUAAAUACUCGUAAAAAUUAGUAGGAAAAAUGUUUUUCUAAUAGUCUGGCAGAUAGUUGAAGGUACUUGAAUUUCGCACUACAAAAGUUUUAUGAUUGUUUUGGGUUUAUGGAAUGAUUACAAAUAAUUUUUCACACUGAUACCUUUAUGUGUUUGGAGUAAUUGGAUUAAUAACCCUUUACCCUGACGGUUAUGUCACAAAUAUUCCGUAUAAAAUUAAAGUCAACCAACUCUAAAUGAAAAACUAUAUAAAACUACAUAAAAGUUAAGUAAAGAUGCAUUCCUAUCAUAAAAAUGACACUGUCUAUAACGCGCUAUCAGAAACAGCCGAAACCAUCUAAGCUAUCCAUGCCAGAAUUGGAAUUAUCAUUAGUGUUACUCUUAACUUUCAAUUUUCCCGGCAACAAGAGUGAAAAUCAGUGCACAAACUUUUCUAGUAUCUAUAGAAUACUAAAAAAACACCACUUUGUUUCAAUUGUUUAGAGAUGUUUACACAGUGUAUGUCUUUAUCAUAUUCAGACAAUUUUUAACCCAGUGAAUACUCAAGUGUUGCACAGCUGUCAAAAACAAGUGAAUCUAGGGUGUGUGCAUUUAUUUUCGGUAUUUUUUUGCAGUUUCCUUUGACUUGGUGUAUCUACCAUUGCCUGUGUCAUUGCAUAAUGGUGUAUGAACAUAAAACGGAUCAUAUUAAAACACCUCUUUCAGAUUCACUUGUCUUGUAAUGUUGUUUUAUAAAUACUUAUCUAGAAAUUAAACGCAAAAUGUUAGCAAGUGAAUGAAAUUAAAUAAAGACAAAAAGACAUUUGGGUUAUGUCAUUUUAUUACACAUCAACUUCAGUUGAUUUUAACUCCUAAGAAUAAGAUAAAUACUUAGUAAAAAGUGAUUAGUGAAAUUCUCUUUCCAAAAUUACGAAUAUGUAUGGUUUUAAAACAAAAUUAUCGUUCCAUAAAGCCAAAACAGUCAUUAAAUUUUGUGCAGUAUGAAAUGCAAGGUUGAUAGUAAGAUGUGUCCAGUGGCAAAGUUUUAUAUUAAGAAAUAAUUUGUUUCCAAGAAGAUAAGAAUAAAUGAUAAGAAUAGAAUUACAAAGUAUAGAGAAAUACUUUCGUACUCUUGAAGCUCAUCAUCUUCGUUUAAAAUUUUACUCUAAAGCGUGUUACUAGUGGGGAUCACUUUGUUUAAACGCAAAUCAUGUGUAAUAGGAUAUACGCACUUAGACGCCUGGUGGGGACGAAAUUUUUUUUAGUCCUGUAUAGUGUAGAAUAUUUUUAUAAAUUUUAAUAAUAUUAAUUGAUAAUAUUUUCUUUUUAAUAAUAGAAACAGCAUUAUACACUCCUAUAAUUGUUAUAUUUAUGGUUUACUGAUUACCUUGUAUGUUUCACAUAACAAAAUGUGCAGAAAAUGUACGUUGUUUUA